AUGCCUGAAGCCACUAGGAGCCGCCGUCGGGACCUCUGUAGUCUUCGCAAGCCUCUACUGGAUACUCCUGCUUUGGAAGCUUUCCUUGUCGAAGUCGGGUCCUCUCGCCAGCAUGCUAGUACCAUACAGAAGGCCUUAUUGACUGACAUCCACUUCGACCCAUCGCGACUGUCUGGGAUCUCUAAGAAGGCCGCCAGUCUGCUUGACGAAGCCUUCAUGAGAUGCUCUACCUCUGUGACGAUGAAACAAGUCUCGUCCGACGGGACGACCAAGAUGCUCAUCACCUUACAAGUAGGUCCCCAGGCCGCUGACCGCCGAGGCNNNNGCCCUUGGAGAACUACGAGGCGGUACUAG